AAUCAUUAUAAUUACAUUUUUACAUUAUGGUUCAACGAAGCACCAAAUUUACUGGCAUUUGCAUAGCCAUUUAUUUGGUAUAUGCGUUAUUUGUAUUCGUUGCAUUACCAAUGCUAUUGCCGGAUCCAGUUGCCAUGACCCGAACGAUGCUCAUCCAACAGACGCGACAUUUGGGCAAUUUAUCAAACUAUACGCUGGAGACGGGCGGUUGUCCAAUACGUUCAAUGUUGGUAACGUUUAGAGGGUCCGGAGCAAUAAGCCUGCUUGACCAUCUGACACGACAGCCGGGCUGUUAUCAUCACUAUUCUCCCCUCAUUUCAUAUAAAAAUCGGAUAACAGAUAAAGUAAAAAUAGAGCGUGCAUUAGACGAAUUGGUUUCCCUCUAUACCUGCGACUACAAUCACUCCAUGUCUAUGUUGACAUCUGGCAUGAAAACACCCACGUUCAAGAACUUUUAUGGAACUCAGUGGAAUACAUGUGUGGCGUAUUCGUCGGAUGAAUGCUGGAGUCCGGAUACUAUGUCAAAAAUUUGCAAGAUUUUCCCAUUUAUUAAUAUGUCGGUGUAUAACUUAGGGCUCAAGUAUUUAUCCGUAUUGUUAAUGAGAAAAGAUCUUAAUCUUCGCAUGCUUCUUCUGGUACGCGAUCCUCGAGGCACAAUGGCUUCGCGAGCCCAUCGUCCUUGGUGUGCCAAUAAUCCUGAGUGCUUCCAGCCGAAUGAUCUUUGCACAAAUAUGGCCACGGAUUAUAUGAUCGCUGAGAAACUUCUACAGGACUAUCCAGAUCGAUUUGGAAUCAUACGUUACGAGGAUCUAGCCAUGAAUCCCUUGCAAGGAUUAAAAGCCGUGUUUGAUUUCUAUGGACUGCCAAUGAAACAUGCCGAAGAAAAGUUUAAGCCCAAAGGUUUGUUAAAAAAAAAUAAAAUUUUAUAUUUCGAACGUCCUAUGGAAUGGAUGGAUGAAUUAAUGCCACAGGAAGUGAGAUAUAUACAGCAUGUCUGCGCAGAGGCCAUGCAGCUCUGGGGCUAUCGUCCAGUCUCAGUCUUUGCAAAAGUAAAGAGCGACACAUUUGUCCCUCUCAAGAAGCUGCCGUUAUUUGUGAAGUAAUUUAAGUUCAAAUUUCGCGCGCCACGGUCUCUCGUGCAGGACUGCCAGCGGUUAAUUUGUCUAAUACCAAAUGCAACAGAAUAUAA